AUGGUAAGAUUAUCUGCUGCUGGAGCUGGUGCUGGCCGCCUGAUUAUGGCGCAGCGCUCGCUGUCUUUGUCUCUCCCGCCACCUUCCGCCACAGUCACUCCGACCACCCUCCAGCAGAUUGCUUCCAAAUGUCCUAAAGGAGUGGCAAUGGUUGUGCUAAAAAAGGGGAAAACCCAACUCUUCAGAGAUGGUAGUCCAAUGGUGUACAGUGGUGCUGUUGACCGAAUAAUAGGCAGGCCGCCUCCCAAAACAGGCGAUGUCGUCCUUGUGGCCGAUGGAACCCAGAAACCUAUUGCUUGGGGAUUCUAUAAUUCAGUUUCCAUGUUUUGUGUUCGACUUAUGCAAUUAGAGGAAGAAGCCUCAGGAGAUCCCUCUUGUGCACUGAAUGUGGAGAGACUACUCGAGACACGAAUUCAGGCUGCCAUACAAUUGAGAAGGAGCUUAAUGCUUCCAUCCGCAUAUACAAAUGCUUAUCGUCUUGUCAACAGCGAAGGCGACAGAUUGUCAGGUCUUAUUGUAGAUAUUUUUGGAGAUUUAGCUGUUGUAGCUUCUUCGGCUGCUUGGGUUGAGAAGUACAAACACCAAAUAAAAGCUUGCAUCAGUAGUUCAAAUCAAAUCAACCACAUAAGCUGGAGACAAUCAAUUGAAAUUUUGAAAGAAGAAGGACUUGACGUAUCAGAUUCAAAAGAAGAAGAAGACUUAUCCGUUAUUCCUGAGAGGGUUCAGGUUAAAGAGAAUGAAAUCUCUUAUUUGAUCUCCUUGGACGGACAAAAGACUGGCUUCUAUGCUGAUCAGCGUGAAAACCGCCAAUUCUUGUCCACAAUUUCUAAGGGGCUAGAUGUGCUUGAUAUAUGUUGUUAUACUGGUGGUUUUGCUCUGAAUGCAGCUCGUGGUGGUGCUCGCAUUGUGACAGGUGUUGAUACAUCCUUGCCCGCAUUGGAACUUGCAAACAGAAAUAUAAUUCUAAAUGACAUGGACCCUGAGAGGAUAUCAUUUAUCAAGCAAGACGCAACAGAAUUCAUGAAGGCUGCAAUAUCCAGAGGUGACUUGUGGGAUAUUGUGAUCUUAGACCCUCCUAAGUUAGCUCCUCGUAAAAAGGUUCUGCAAAGCGCAUCUGGGAUGUAUAGAAAUUUGAACUCGUUAGCUAUGCAAUUAACGAAAAAGAAUGGUCUGCUUAUGACAUGCUCAUGUUCUGGAGCUAUGACCCAGAGUGGGAUGUUUCUGCAAAUGCUCCAGGGUGCAGCAUCAAUGGCUGGAAAGAAAGUUACCAUUUUACGGCAGGCUGGCGCAGCUUGCGACCAUCCCAUUGAUCCGUCAUAUCCAGAGGGUCAAUACCUUUCAAAUGUUUUGCUGAGAGUACAAUAA